GGAAACCAAGAGCGCCGGGAGGACGGAGCGUGACGGCGGAACUUUGGAGAGGCUGGGUUGGAACUCCGGGAGGAAGUCCGAGAGACUACGCCGCUAGGGGCCCUGAACCGGAAGUCAGCCACCAGAGCCGAGCCAACGCUGAAGACAACGUGAUAAUUAUUUUUCCCCACACUGAGUAUAUGCCCAAACUUCAUGAAAGCCAGCAAAGAAGUAAAGCGCCUCUUUGUGGGUGGCCUUGGCCAGAACAUUUCCCAAGCAGAUCUGCAAAGUCAGUUCAGCAGAUUUGGAGACGUUUUUGAUGUGGAGAUCAUCACUCGAAAAGAUGACCAAGGAAAUCCACAGAAAGUCUUCGCAUACAUCAAUGUCAACAUAACAGAAGCAGACCUGAGAAAAUGUAUGUCUGUCUUAAACAAAACAAAAUGGAAAGGUGGAACAUUGCAAAUUCAGCUAGCAAGAGAAAGUUUUUUGCACAGAUUGGCCCAAGAGAGAGAAGAAGCAAAAGUCAAGAAAGAAACAUCAACAGGCAACCCCUUGGCAAAGAUGGGAGAGGCGGACUUCCAUAUGAAGGCUGUUCCAGGAACAGAAGUCCCGGGGCACAGAAAUUGGGUUGUGAGUAAAUUUGGAAGAGUCUUACCUGUCCUUCACCUAAAGAAUCAGCAUAAACAUAAAAUCAUAAAAUAUGAUCCUUCAAAAUACUGCCAUAACAUAAAGAAGAUAGGGGAAGACUUCACAACUCCCGUCCCUAUAUCCAGCCUCACUUGGGAACUGGAAGGAGGGGACGAUCCUAUGAGCAAGAAACGGCGGGGAGAGUUCUCUGAAUUUCAUAGCCCUGCCAAGAAGAUAAUAAAAACGCAGAAGGAAGAGUCAUCCACAGAACCUAAUACUGUGCGGCCAAAGCCCCGUUUGAUAAGGAAGAGUCCACAUUUUACACAAAAGCAGGCUCCUCCGAAGUCAUUCCAUGGACCAGAUUCUGACAGUCAGAAGCUUAAAAAUGUAUUUCUUCAAAAUUCCAGCUUGGAGACGAAUAGGAGAAAAAAUAGCAUGUCUGAUGAUGAUAUGGAUUCCGAGGAAGAAUUAAGGCUACUGAUUGCAAGAGAGGAAAAUUUAGACAGAACUGCACAGUCCUCAAUAAAUGCACCAGAAAAUGAUCCCUUUGAAGUUGUAAGGGAUGAUUUCAAAUCAGAUAUUCACAGACUUCAUUCCUGCACAGGUUCAAACAUCAAAAACAAUGGUUCUCGCCUUGAUAGUUCUGACAGUGUGAGGAGAGAUAAUUGCAACUAUGAUUCAAGUGAUACAGAUGAAAUUAUUGCAAUGAAAAAGAAUGCUGGUUUGGUCAAAAACAGUCCAGAACUCUCACAGGUAGAAAAGACUGUAAACAAGAAAACUUUGAGAAAUGGGAAAAACUCUGAUCGCUGUGUUAAAGUACAAAGAGAAAAAAACAGUGUCCAACUAGCCAUCAGUCAAGAAGUUAAGCCUCUCGGCUGUGAGCCCCCGCCUGUCUCCAGUAGCAAUGAAGAUGCUGAUUCUCUGUCAGAAUCGGCCGAGUCUGAAGUAGAUGAAUAUAACCAUAUGAUGAAAAAUUGUCUCCGUGUGAAUCUCACCUUGGCUGACUUGGAAAAGUUGGCUGGUAAGGAAGAUGCUGAGGAUGGUGACAAGGACACCGCUACUGUAGUCAGCAGGGCCUCCAAGAACCUAAGAAGCCAGAAGUGUAUCCGUCCUGAUGAAAUUGUCGCUUCCCUUUUAGAAGGAGAUGAGAGCACCCCUGGAAAACAGAAACCAAAAGAAAAUAACUUGAAACCCAGAUUCCAGGCUUUCAAGGGAAUAGGCUGCCUCUACGGGAAGGAGUCAGUGAAACAAUCCUGGAAAGAGAGUGUUGACACUGACAGCACCAGUAAAGAUCAGACUUGCUUGAAACCAGGGGACCCCAGUAGCACAUCUUUGGAAAAGGGACCCCCAUGUCCUAAUGACUCAUCAAGAGAUCAGACUCGUUCCCCACGUGCAAAGAAGGCAAAUGUUCCAAACCAUGUUCAGUUUCCAAAGAGACAGUCCACUGUGGAGAGCCAAGACUUGAAAGUGGUAUCCCCUGCCAGUUCAGAAAAUGGAACUCGAAACUCUCUUUCUAGCCCAUCACCAUUAAAGAAAAAGAAAUCCUUAAGUCUUCGUGCAAAGACUCUCAAAACAGACUCCGAUAAAGAGUGUUGUCACAAGACCACAAAGACAGCUGAGCACUGUGAAAAGAGACCUGAUCUGAACUGUGGAGUCACACCCAAGCAGUUAGAGCUGAUCUCCAAGAAAGACACCCAGGGGAACAAAGCUGACUCCCUGCCUUUUGCUGACAGUUCAUCAGAUGUUGGUGCUCAGCAUAACCCUGCUGAAGAUAACUUGAGGCGCUUGGCAGCCUUGGAGGCAAGGCAGAAAGCAAAAGAAUUACGGAAGAAACUGGUGCAUGAUGCUCUGGCAAAUGUGGAUGGUCAUCCGGCAGAUAAGUCAACACACAUCAUCUUUGGUUCAGACACUGAAAGUGAAACAGAGGAGACCGGCCCUCAGGAGAAGCAAAGUCAUCUGAGAGAAGAAGUAGCAAAAGAGUCCUCUACUAAAACAUCAGGAAAACUCUUUGACAGCAGUGAUGAUGAGGAAUCUGGGUCUGAUGAUGACAGUAACAGGUUUAAAACUAAACCUCAGUUUGAGGGUAAAGCAGGACAGAAGCUCUUGAAUCUGCAGUCUCAGUUUGGCAAUGAUGACAGAUUUCGUAUGGACUCCAGAUUCCUAGAAAGUGACAGUGAAGAGGAACAGGAAGAGAUAAAUGAAAGAAAAACGGCUGAGGAAGAAGAGCUUGCUACGGAAAAACAGAAAGCCCUGAAUGUUAUACAGAGUGUUUUGAACAUCAGCUUAAACAAUUCUACAAGCAAAGGAUCAGUGGCCACUAAGAAAUUUAAAGACAUCGUACGUUAUGAUCCAACAAGGCAGGACCAUGCCACUUAUGAAAGAAAGAAAGAUGAUAAGACAAAAGAAAGUAAAUCAAAACGAAAGAAGAAAAAAGAGGAAGCAGAGAAGCUACCUGAGGUAUCUAAAGAAAUGUAUUAUAACAUCGCUACGGAUUUAAAAGAAAUAUUCCAAGCUACGAAAGACAACCAUGAGAAGGAAGACCUCACGCCCUGUAGUGAAGAUGGCGCCGGAGAGAGUGCUGAGGCCCAGAGCCCUGGAGCUCCAGGCAGUGUGACUGAACAGCCUGGAGGGUUCACUUUCUCCUUCUUUGACUCAGAAGUUACAGAUUCAGUAAAGGAAGAGGCCUACAGAGUUGACCCAGUGAGGCCUGGGAAGAUCGCUUGGCAGGGAACCCCUCGUUUCCAGGACAGCAGUUCGGAAGAGGAAGAUGUUGCUGAAGAUGCUGAUGACAGGAUGCCCAGCCCUGAGGAAGAAUCACUGCCUGAGAAAGAAACCACUAGAUUUUUCUUCUUCUCUAAGACUGAUGAAAGACUUAAUGCGUCUAACUUAUUCUGGAGAGGAGUGGGAAAUAAUACUAGUAAAAUAUCCUGGGAGGCCAGAACUAACGAGUUACGUAUGGAUUGCCGAAAGAAACAUAAAGAUGCCAAAAGGAGAGUGAAACCAAAAUAAUGUCUCUAUUGCUUUUAAUACUGCAUGUGAACCAUAUGAACAGGCUUCACCUAUGGACAUUGGGGGACACAGAAAAUAACUUUCGCUGACAAAGAAUUCCAAGUGAAGGAAUAUUCCAUUUCUUUCUGAUGGUGAUUCCAGACCACUUUGGUUGCUAUCUUUUUUGUGUGAAUUUCCUCUGUAUGUUUCCCACAAAAUUAAUUGGGACAGUCUCAGAUACUUUUUAUGUAUAAAUCUCUUUAUCAUUUACCCUUCAGAUGAUAGAUUUAUGUAAAACCUUUUAAAUAUAUGAAUCAGAGAAGACUCUGGUUUUCCAAGUAGACUUUGGGUUAAUUAUAAACUAAUUAAAAUAUUUAUUUCUGAUUUUACCAAACUCAUCUCACACUCUCUUGAAGGGUUUGUUUAGAGAGUUGAGAUAAGUCAUUGUUGAGUCCUGUUUUUAUGUCCUGGUAUCCUAAUUAAAAUGUGGGCCAGAUAAAGACAACAAUAGAGUAUCUUCCUGUCCUCACCCUCCAGGAAUUGAUGCAAGCAAGGAUAUCAAUCUCAAAAGUCUAGUUAAACCAGACACUUCUAAAAAAUACAAGUAUCUAAAUAAAAUAAAAAUACAAGCAACCUUUGGGUCUAGUAGGGAAGCUUUUUCCUCCCUUGUGGAGCGGGAACUCCACAGACGUGUCAUUUCACGGUUCCCAGCCCAUUUUUUAGUUCAGAAAGGAACAGAGACAGAGAGAGAAAUACACCCGAGCUUCCUCUGUUGCCAUGGUAAAUACCACAUGGGCUACAGAGAAGGAACAGCCCUCAUUCACUCAGGGAGAAGGAUUUAUACCUCAUGAAAAUCAACCUGGCUAGGAUUGUAGACUACGUCUAUCAAAGUGGAUUCUAUACAGAAUUGUAUAUGUAUUGUUCCAAAGGAUCAUUGUUGAUCCUCAAUGUAUAUAUCUGAGAUAACUAUAUUGAUUUAUGUCUUGAUUAAAUGUAAACUCUGAAGCCUUAGGUCUCAUCUGGUUUAUUGACCCUGCUGGCCCCCUGUCUUGAACUGUCUAGAUCAUAAUGGAUGCUCAUUAUGUCUUUUUUUUUUUUUUAAUAAACUGUUGAAAUGUCA